AUAGAAACCUUGCUAAUAGAAUACUACACCUCCAGAAAUGGUUGAGACGUCAUUGUGACACUCGCUAAAGGUAGCGUCCCACACUCAUGGUUAGAUACAUUACAACGAGUUAAAGAAUGUUCUUGAAAAGCGUAUGAGGCGACGCCUGUGAAUACCUACCCUGAUCAAGACUAUCGAAAGAUCUAGGCUCAUCGCCAUACGUGGCGCUACUUUUGUGAAUGAGUAAUUGGACUUCACUUUGAAAAGAGUGGUUUGGAACAAGUGGUCUUCACUUGGACACUAAAGUUUCCAAGAUGUCGAGGAUUACUUUUCGGCGCUUUGUCCUCGUCACGGCGUUGGUGAUUUUGAUGACGUUCAUAUGGACAUAUAGGAAAAAUAUGAAACUGGAUUUAGAUGAUUCUCCAAGGAACGCAGCAGUGAUUGGUAAUCCAGUGCCAAACAGUGUCUUAAUCAAAGGAUCAAAAGGCGGAGUUCACACUUCUUCAACAAAGGCACAAGCACUUAAUCCAGUGCCAGCAGGCCAGCCCAUGCCCACGCUGCAGGUGCUGAAGACGUUGGACAGACGACAGCUGUCACAGAUAUACCACAACUAUGUGAACAGCGUUCAGAUGUCGUGUAAGAACAUGGUCAGGCGUGGCAACAUCGGUGACGGUGGCUGGAACGUUUGUGAAGACCCUCCAUACGGAAUGAAGACACCCUGUAAUAUUUAUUCAUUUGGGAUCAACUACGACUGGAGCUUCGACGACGCAGUAGCGACAGCAUCCGGCUGCCAUGUCCACUCGUAUGAUCCAAGCAUGACAAAAGUAUCAGACCACGACAGGAGAAGUAACAUUCAUUUCCAUAGAACAGGCCUUAAUUCUACCGACACCUCAAACAUCAAGGGUUGGCGAAUGCGAACUUUUUCAUCAAUUAUAAAGGAAAAUAACCACACACAGGCUAUAAUCGAUCUGCUCAAGAUUGACAUUGAAGCUUCGGAGUGGUUUGCCUUUCCUGAAAUGUUACAAAGUGGAAGUCUGAAAAAUGUGAAACAGUUUUGUUUUGAACUCCAUAUCAAGCUGGGAAAUAACCCAGAGCCGGACAUAGCCAAGUACCUGAAAGGUCUGGAGCUGCUGAGAGACUUCUAUAAUGCUGGAUUUAGGAUAUUCCAUACAAAUAAAAAUAUGGAUGCCAAAUACAAGUCAAUGUUUGGCAUGGAACGAACAGGUUGCCAUGAGAUUUACAUGGUACGCAGUGACACACAGACAUUUGAUUAACAUGGCUUGGUUCUGUUUAAAUUGUCUUGUAAACGUCUUCUCAGCAGCCUGAGAGAUAUUAUACAAGGAUUACACCUGUGUUUGGUUCUUGCCAGCUUUAACCUAAAUGCGAGAUGAAUUGUGAAGAGGCCAUAAGUGUGUGGACUUUAGGGUGGUAAAUGUAGCAUCAACACCGUGACGACUGACUAAACUGCAACUGCUAUCACCUUGACAACCAUACCCACAACAUGUAACACCAGUACUGUGACGGUUGACUGCACUACAGCCACUAUCACCUUGACAACCAUACCCACAACA